AUGGAUCGUAGACUUUUUGCCAAAAUUAAAAACGCGUUGCGGACAUUUAGCGGUUACUUCGUGAAGAUUAAAUUCAAAUCGACGACGAACUUUCAGUGUUUUAUUAUUGUGUUUUUAGUGCUAUUAAAUUAUAAUGUUAGUUCGGUAGUCUGCAACAAGCCUCCUAGAUUUUUAAUUGAUGGCCAAACGGAAAUCGUUUUAAGACUGAAAGAAGGUGAAGAGACACCUGUAGGUACUUUAAUUUAUAAAUUAAGAGGUGCAGAUCCUGACGGAGAUAGACUGCAAUUUGGCGUUCGUAAUAGUCCAGGAAGCGACAUUAUUCGGGUGGAAAGCACUUCACGCACCGAAGCUAACGUCUACUUAAAUAAGGAACUUGACAGAGAGGAAAGAGAUGAAUAUGCUCUGGUCCUAACAUUGACUGAUGGCCAUCUGGGACAAGGAAAUUAUGUGACUCAAAGUCUUUUACUUCUGGUCGAGGAUGUGAACGACAACGUCCCAAUAUUUAAAACUCACCAACCUUCCGUAACGAUAAGAGAAGACGCGCCACCAGGUCCAAUAGCCACACUUGAGGCGACGGAUGCGGAUGAAGGUCCUUAUGGUCAAGUGGUGUAUCAUUUACAGGAAGCCGACAACGACAGGUCUUUAUUCGCAGUCAGCACCGUUGGGGAAAAAGCAAUAGUUCGUCUCGUAGGAACAUUGGAUUACGAGCGACAAACAGUUCAUCAAUUAAAAAUUUUAGCAGUAGAUAGGGCGAAAGAAGGUCGAGUUAAUACAGGAACUGCUGUUCUGUUAAUUAAAGUAGAUGACAUUGAAGAUCAACCCCCUGAAUUUGUACGAGUGACUCCUAUCGCAAGAAUACCAGAAAAUGUUCCAAUUGGGACAUCUCUAGUACAAGUUACUGCAGUAGAUGGAGACAGAGGAGUUAAUAAUCCCAUCCAGUACUCACUAUCAUCAAACAGUAUACCGGACGUUUCCGAAGUUUUUACAAUUGAUAAAGAUACGGGGGUAGUUCUAACUUCCAAUGUGCUGGAUAGAGAAGCGGGGUCAGAUACUUAUAUUUUACAAAUUACGGCUACAGAAGUUGGGAGUGCCAUGGAUCCACCACCUUCAUCCAAUACUGAAGUAACAAUCAUGGUGAUGGACGAAAAUGAUGAAACCCCAAAAUUUAAGAGCAUCCGCUAUGAAUGUGAAAUUGCAGAAAAUGCACCAAUUAACACACCAUUAACAUUUUUAGGAUAUACCAAACCGGAAGUAUAUGAUUAUGAUCAAGGAAUUAAUGGAACAUUUCAAUUAUAUGUAAAAGGAGCAAGUGAUAUUUUCGAAAUAACGCCAAGCAAAGCGAUAAACGAAGCAACCUUUAUGAUCAGAGUAAAAAACUCUACAGCACUUGACUACGAAAAAACCAAAUCGAUUAAUUUCAGUAUCAUUGCCAAAGAAAUAGUUAAAGUGAACCCAAAAUUUAGCGAAGUUGCAGUUAGGGCUUAUCUACUAGAUAGAAAUGAUAAUUAUCCCGAAUUCACAAAAACCAUUUACGACGUGAUGGUACCUGAGAACUGUGAUAUCGGGACCACAGUAGCUUGGGUUCAAGCUCUUGAUGAUGAUUCCGGAAAUUUUGGUACUAGUGGUGUACGAUAUACUAAUAUAGCUGGCAGUAUAGAACACAUGCUCAAUUUACAUCCAACUUCUGGCGUAAUAACAGUAAAAACAGCUGGUGGACCAAACUGGGAUAGAGAACAAGUAUCAAGACAUUACCUAACCGUAGAGGCACGAGAUGAUUUGGGUAAUGGCAACAGAAAUACUGUUCAACUCAUAAUCAAUAUUGAAGACGUCAAUGAUAAUGCGCCUAUAUUUACACAACAUCGUUAUGAAGCCAGAUUAAUUGAAAAUAAUAAGGAAUUUGAAGCUCUAUUAAAAGUAGAAGCACGCGAUGGCGAUUUAAAUGGAACAAAAAACAGUGAAAUUGAAUAUUCAUUGUUUGGGGAACUUCAUACAAAUUUCACAAUAGAUUCUGUCACAGGCAUUAUAAAACCCAUAAAACCUCUAGAUUUUGAAUUACUAGAGGGUCCUUCCAAAGAAAAUGUCAGGCCUCUGUAUUUGACCGUAAGGGCAAGAGACUGGGGAGUGCCUAGUUUAUUUUCUGAUAUUCCUCUCGUCAUUUACGUCGAAGAUAUGAAUGACAACGCCCCCACAUUUGAAUUUAUGUUUUAUAAUAAAACUAUCCCUGAGAAUUUAGUCGGUGGAACAUCCAUACUCCAAGUUCGUGCUAUAGAUUUAGACGGCUCUUCUCCAAAUAAUCAAGUUGUCUACAGAAUUCAAAAUGGAGCAUCCGAUAAAUUUACAAUCGAUGCUGAAUCUGGAAUAAUAUCAGUGGCACGUGGGGCUUCGUUGGAUCCCGAUUUAACUCAAGGGAGAAAAAUGCAAUAUUCUUUAAGUGUAGUAGCUUUAGACGGUGCACCUGGAGAAAGUCAACUGCAUGCUGCUGUAACUGUUAAUAUUACAAUAUUGGAUGUGAAUAACAAAAGUCCCACGUUCCAAGAACCUGGCACAAUAGUUAUCAAAGAAAAUGUUCCAGUGGGUACUAUUGUUUCCAGAAUUAAAGCAGACGAUUUAGACAAUAGUGCCAAUUUAGAAUAUAUUAUCGAUGUUAAGUCAUGUGAAGCAAAAAAUGAAAUUGGUGUACUUUUAAAAGUAGAUGAUUUUGAUUGUGCUAGUGCAUUUUUACUUGAUUCUCAAACUGGUAUACUCACAGUGGGAAAGCCCCUCGAUCGUGAGAUAGUAGAAGUAUUUAGAAUUGGUCUGUUAGUGGAGGAUAAAAGUUCUGAAACAGGCCCUCAAAUUGACGCAGCAUGGAUCACAAUCAUAGUUGAAGAUAUAAAUGACAACAGUCCUAAAUUUCGUCAGCCCUAUUAUAAAUUCUCGGUAACAGAAAAUAGUAAAAAUGGUGUACCCAUUGGUGUAGUAUUAGCAGAUGAUCAUGAUAAAAAUAAAACAAUUACAUUUACUUUGGAAGGAAGACCGGAAAUUACCGGGAUGUUACAUUUAGAUAAAAACACUGGUGAAAUUGUCGUGGCCAACAAAAUUGAUCAUGAAGCUUAUGACUGGUUAAAUUUAACGGUUAAAGCUGUCGACUCCGGAAUACCCCCAAGAUCUUCUCGUGUCGAGUUAUUUAUUCAAGUAUUAGACGAAAAUGAUAAUAAUCCCUAUUUUGUAUCAGAGCCUAGAAUUUUAAUGAUUCCUGAAGACACACCUCCUGGAAGACAAGUAGCCAUAAUAGAAGCAUUAGAUGCAGAUUCCGGGGAAUUUGGAAAAAUUACAUAUCUUUUAGAUAGAAUCUCAUCUCAAGGAAAAUUCAGCUUGGAUGCAGACACAGGUAUAUUAAAAGUUGCUGAUAAAAUAGACAGAGAAGAAAAAUCCCAUUAUUUAUUGGUUAUCGAAGCAUGGGAUAAUUAUCAAUAUGGUUUCAAUAAUGGAGAAAGUAGAAAUGCUUUUAAACAUAUUAAUGUCACUAUACUAGAUGUAAACGACAACGCUCCUGUUUUAAAUGUACCACCCCAUUGUGUCAAUAUCACAGAAUUUCAUGAACCUGGUCAGCCUAUCACAAUUAUUUAUGCUUCAGAUGCUGAUGAUCCAGAAACUUCUAAUGGACAAGUUAUUAUAGACAUAUCAGAUGGGAAUCAUCUAAAUUUAUUUGCGCUAGAACAAAUUACUGAUUGGUCUGCAGAAAUUCGGUCCACAGCUAGCCUCAGAGGAAGGCACGGAAAUUAUACUUUAACCAUUAGAGCUCAAGACUUGGGCACACCUAGUCACCUUGUGGAAGUUCCUUUUCAAAUAUGUGUUACAGAUUAUAAUGACCAUCCACCCGUAUUUAUUAGUCCACCACAUAAUUCAACUUUAAGAAUACCUGAGAAUGCAACGAUUGGAAGUGCACUUAUUCAAAUUAAAGCUACAGACGAAGAUGUGGGUCCUAAUGGAGCAAUUCGUUACAGACUAAAAACUGAUCCAGCUGGCCACUGGAAAACCUUUGAAUUACAACCUCUUUCUGGAAUUCUGGAACUGCGUUUGCCUUUAGAUAGGAAGAAACAGAAAAUAUAUGACAUUAGAAUUGAAGCAUACGAUUUAGGAAUACCUACACCCCUAAGUUCCGACUUAGAUCUCACAGUAUAUGUGACAAACAUCAACGACUAUCAACCUCAAUUUUUGGUGGAUGAAUUUUUGGUAAAUUUUACAGAAAAUAAAGCGGGUGGUGUCGAAGUUCAAAAAUUACCAGGAACCAUAGAUAGAGAUGAACUAGAGUUCGAAGGUCCACCAGCACCAAUAUGCUAUUUCGUAAUUGGAGGCAACGAAAACAAUUUAUUUAAUGUACAUCCUUACAAUCACGUUCUAACAACAACACGAUCCUUAGACAGAGAACAACAAGAAGCUCAUUUAAUUUUGAUAAAAGCCACAGAAAAUUGUGAAAAUCCUCCUAAAAAUCAAAGUUUCUUUGAUCCUGGAGAUGACACUCAGUUAAAAGUGAUAAUAAGAGUUAUAGAUGUAAAUGAUAAUGCUCCUAAAUUCAUACACAGAGUUUUCACUGGUGGCGUUAGCACAGCUACAACAUUUGGAACUACUUUUAUGGAAGUGAAGGCAGAAGACGCAGAUGAAGGUAGAAAUGCAUUGAUAUCGUACUAUCUGAUAGGUAGAAUACAAAUGACUUUAACUGAGGGACUGGAAAACCUUCACAGAGCACCAUUUAUAGUAGACAGAGAAUCUGGAGCUGUUCAAUUAAAUUUUGAUCCGCAGCAAGGAAUGAAGGGCUACUUCGAUUUUAUGGUGCUGGCAAAUGAUACCGGCGGUUUACAAGACAUGGCAAGAGUAUUCAUCUACCUUUUAAGAGAAGAUCAAAGAGUCAGGUUCGUACUUCGACAGAAUCCACCAGAACUACGAAAUCGAAUAGAAUCAUUCAGAGAAACUCUUGGGAAUGUUACUGGCGCAAUAGUAAAUGUAGAUGAGUUUAGAGUUCAUGCAAACCAUGAUGGAACUGUAGAUAAAACUAGGACAGAUUUAUAUUUACAUUUAGUAGAUAGAAAUGACAAUUCAAUAUUAGAGGUUGAAGAAGUGCUCCGUUUAGUGGAUCAAAAUACGGAGAAGCUUGACGAACUUUUUAAGGAGUUUAACGUAUUGGACACACAGCCAGGAGGCACAUUAGCUUUGAAAUCGGAACAAGCCAACAACACCACAUUUUGGUUGACCGCAUCAUCAUUAUUCCUCUUGUUGCUUUUGAUACUAUGCUUAUCUUUGUGUAUAAACCAAAGACAAAUCUAUCACAGAAAACUAAAGGCUGCCACCGCAACCGCAUAUGUACGAGCAGAUUCGGAAAUAGACGGCAGAGGUUUAAGCGUAAUCAGUGGAAGGGUUCCAAAUACAAAUAAACAUAGUAUGGAGGGCAGCAAUCCAAUCUGGUUAAGAGCUUAUGCACAUGAGUGGUAUAAAAAUGUGGAUAAUAUAAGUCAAACCUCCGAACAUGACUCACUGGAUGAAAACGUAGUCGGUUGUGGAGACACAUCAUCCGUUGAUAAUUUACCUCCGUCCAAUGAUGGUUCCCCGCGGAACCAAAAUUUAUACCAAACUCUUCCACCAGCUCCACCUCCCCGUAAAUUGGAAACAACCGAGUUAUGAUUAAAGUUUAGAAUAAACAAUUAUUUUAGAACGAAUAGAAUAGAGCCAUUAAAUGAAGAAGACGACACCUCAAUGUGAAUUGAAGCAUUCAAUUCUUUUAUUUCUAUAAAUAAAUUGUAAGCUUUUAAUACCUAAAUUAUGAAUCAUCACUAUUUUCUAACUAGGUAGCCGUAAAAUAUGUCACAUUAAAUUUUCCAAUAAAAAAUAAAAUGUGAUUCAAAUAAAAUAAUGCCAAAUAAUAAUAGUAGACAGACAAAAUAAAUAUAGGAAUCUAGUUAGAAUAAAUAUUAUUCAAAGUCUGAAUCGUAAACAGCAGUUCUACUCGUUCUAACUGUACAUAUUACUUUGCUCAUUAUAAAUUUAACAACGAUGUAUUGUAUUUAUUUAUUUCUUCGUAUAGUAAUAGUUUUUGUAAAUAUGUACCGUAAUGUUAA